AUGAGUACACCAAAUUAUGAGCGGCCAGAGCCGACAUACGACAUGGACAGCAACAUGUCCCACCACCAGCAGCGAUCUUCCGACGAGGACGGCACAGUUGUGGGGGACGAUCAUCAGCGGCCAUUGCGUGUAGAUACUGCCGCACGGCCACCGCACAACAGAUCACGAUCUGGCACCCACCUUACCGUCGAAACCGCACAUGAUAUCCCAGCAAUGAAAGGCAUACAGUCACCGUCGCAAACGCGUGAGCAGGCGAGCAGGCUCAACGAUGACCUUGCAGUGCUCGCCAUUGAGCAGGGUCUGGAUGAGAAGGAGGCUCUUAGGCGCAACGCGUCAAUGAACCCAUCCAUGACGCGCGUGCGAUCCCGCCGUGAGGACCUCGUAGACGACUUCGACGCGGCGACGAACCCAUUGCACGAACAAGCGGCUCGCUAUACGCCACCCGAAAACCCGACCACAAGCUUCUCCAAGUUCUUCAAGAAGGUACACAACUCAUCAUGGCUUGUUAGGUACUUUACGUACAUUACGCCCAUGGUGCUCUUGAUCCUCAUUCCUUUGAUGGUUGGCAUCUUUGCAUUCCCCAAUGCGAAUGUUGGAGGAGUCAAGCUUGUCUGGUUCUCGAUUUGGCUCAUGAUUGUAUGGCUGACACUGUGGGCUGGAAGAGUACUCGCGAAACUCCUCCCGUGGCCUAUUGGUCUCAUCUCUUCCCUCUUCACCAACAACAGCAAGAAGUGGAGAGACAUGGGCAAGCAGCUCGAACUUCCAGCUACUUUGUUCUUCUGGUGGUUGGCCAUUGAAGUGUCUUUCCUCCCAACAAUGAAGAACCACCACGUCAACGGCGACAAGAACACACGCGACUGGGAAGGCACCAUGAACAAGGUCCUCGUAGCUCUCUUCGUCGGAUUCGUGCUCAACUUCAUCGAGAAGAUCAUUAUCCAGCUCAUCGCCAUCAGCUUCCAUCUGCGAACUUACCAGGACCGUAUUGAGCUGAACAAGUUCCAGAUUGGUAGUUUGGCCAAGCUGUACAGGUUUUCCAAGGAGAAGAUUGCCAUGGAAGAUUCCGAGUUUGAGCAGGGGGACGGCAAUGCUCCAUCGGGCGCACGCACUCCCGGUCAGGUUCUCACAGAGGCGCAAAAGAACAUCAAAGUCGGGUUCAACAAGUUUGGAGACAUCGCUGGAAAGGUCGCGGGGGACUUCACCGGUCGUGCGGUUACUGGCAGUGGCCAUCCUCACCAGGUUGUUCUGCAACUCAUUGGUACUACCAGCGGCGCUCAGGUUCUGGCUCGCCGUCUGUACCGUACCUUUGCGCGACCUGAGACCGAGACUGUUCAUUCCGAGGAUCUCAACAAUGCCUUCGACAGCGACGAGGAAGCCACAGCCGCAUUCUCCAUGUUUGACAAGGACAUGAACGGCGAUAUCUCCAUGGAGGAACUCGAGGCUGUUUGCGUCGAGAUUGGCCGUGAACGCAAGUCUAUUACCGCCUCCCUGAAGGAUCUCGAUAGCGUCGUCUCCAAGCUCGACGAUGUCUUCAUGUUCAUAGUGCUGAUCAUCACCAUCAUCGUGUUCAUCUCGCUGAUCUCGACCUCCGCCGCCGGUGUCCUAACAUCCGCUGGUUCGACCCUUCUGGCUCUAUCUUGGCUCUUCUCCGCAACCGCUCAGGAGUUCCUCCAGUCGUGCAUCUUCGUCUUCGUCAAGCACCCUUACGAUGUCGGUGACCGUGUCAUGAUUUACGGUAACACCGGAGAUCUCGGCCGCGGUGAUGAUUACUUCGUCAAGGAAAUCGCUCUCUUCUACACCGAGUUCAAGAAGAUGCAAGGUCACGUUGUCCAAGCGCCCAACAGCUACCUCAACACGCUCUUCAUCCUUAACCACCGUCGAUCGGGUGCCCUCGCCGAAGCCAUCCCCAUCAUUAUCAAGUUCGGUACAACGCUCGAGCAAAUCGAAAAGCUCCGCAACGUGCUCCUCGAAUUCGUCACCGCCGAGCAACGCGAGUACCAGACCAAUAUUCUCACCGAAUUGCGCGCCGUCCAAGAAGUCCACUGGCUCGAACUCAACGUCGUCUUCUUCUACAAGUCCAACUGGCAAAACGAACUGCUCAGAUUGCAGCGCCGCAACAAGUUCAUCUGCGCCCUCACCAUGGCAAUCCAGGAAUGCGAAAUCGAAGGACCCCGUAUGCGCUACCCCGGCCAGAAGGAGUCUUUCCCGGUUUACAUGCAGAAUCUGCAGAACCCUGCUACACCUGGUGUCGGUAUCAACGGCAACCCAGACCACCCCAACGGCACCAUCCGCAACCAAGCUCAAGACCAACCAUUCGUCGCACCCGCAGAAGGUACAUCAGACUCGGCCACCGGAACCGGCGCGGGACCAACCCGCACCGGCUCCAUUCUAAAAAAGCCAGAGACCCUCUCCGCAAUGGGCCGCCGCGUCGACUUCUCCCUCGGCAUGAAAUCCAUGGGCCUAGACGACCCCAGCGGCGACGUCCUCGACGACCGCGAAAACGCGUCCCGCGCCCGCGCAACCGUCGUCCGCGUCACCUCGCCCUCGCGCUCGCAAGACCGAAACAACGAUCGCCAAUCCAAUGACAGCGCACGUAGCACCGGCCUCCAACGCGUCGGCACAAACGCCUCGUCCACCACCCGCGAACGCACGCACCGAAACCGCUUCUUCAGUCGCAACCGCUCUGGCAACGAUGUCGAAGCUGGUAUGGCUGAUAUCCCCGAGGGUAGCGGCUACGAUACCCCGCCCAAGAAGAAGAACACGCUUGAUCCACGCAGUGGCAUUAUUAGUCCCCGGGCUGUGAGGAGCAGUGGCGGCGAGGAUGAAGUGCCUAUUACGAGGGUGGGCAGUGCGGAUGUGCCUAGGAGUACGGGUGCGUUGGCGCCUAGUACGGCGGAUAGUGAGAGGACGUUCGGUCCACCAGCGAGAAGUCGCACGGAAGGGAUUGAGAUGAGGAGGUUUCACUGA